UCUCUGUAAAUUUGAUGAUCACUAUCCAAAAAUAGGAUCACCAAAGCCUAUGAUUUAUGUUCUAUCAACAACCCUUUUCGUAUUUCCACGUGUGUGUGAGAGAGAGAGCGAGAGAUAAGCUCUGUUUGACCUAUACAGCUGGUUUGUCAACAUACUCGUUGAGGGAAGGUUCAAAGGGGCAUACAUUUUUAAGCCCUGGUCAAGUGGUACAUGGGAGUAUGAUGGAUGGGGAUAUUUUUUUUGUUAAUCGCCCUCCGAUUACGCAUAAACAUUCCGUGCAAGCGUUAUCAGUUUAUGUUCACGAGGACCAUACAGUUAAGAUCAACCCUCUUAUAUGUGGGCCUCUAAGUGCUUAUUUUGAUGGGGACUAUGUUCAUUUAUUUUAUCCUCAAUCUCUUGCUGCAAAAGCAGAGGUUUUGGAACUGUUCUCUGUAGAGAAGCAGUUGCUUAGUUCUCAUUUUGGCAACCUCAACUUGCAGCUAGCCAUUGAUGCAUUGUUAUCACUGAAGAUUAUGUUUGAGAAUUAUUUCUUGACAAGACCAGCUGCCCAACAGCUGGCAAUGUUUGUCUCCAAUUCCUUGCCACAUCCAGACUUAUUUAAGGCAAAGAGAUCAGGCCCUCAGUGGACUGCGGUGCAAUUAUUACAGACAGCUCUACCACUUUGUUUCGACUGUUCUGGUGAUAGAUUUUUGGUUAGGAAGAGUGAACUUUUGACCAUUGAUUUUAGUUGGGACGUAAUGCUGUCAAUUGUUAGUGACAUUGUCAGUUCUAUUUUCUCUGAGAAGGGCCCAGAUGAGGUUUUGAAGUUCUUUAACACUUUAGAGCCUUGCCUCAUGGAAAAUUUGUUUUCUCAAGGUUUCGGUGUAGGAUUAGAACGUGUCAAAAAAAAGUGUAGGAUUUGAAGAUUUUUUCAUUGAGAGAGCUGUCUUAGAGGACAUUAAUUGUCGCAUUCAGGAAAUUUCACCCCUGCUUCGUAGCUUGCAUUCGACAUAUAACGAGUUAAUUGAGCUGCAAGUAGAGAAGCACUUACGGCUUCUGAAAUUACCUGUUGCUAAUUUUAUUCUGAGGUCAUCAGCAAUAGGAUAUAUUAUUGACUCCUAGAGUGACUCCUCUAUUACAAAAGUUGUUCAGCUAAUUGCGUGACUGGGGCUUCAAAUUUUGAGUAGGGGGAAAUCUUACCCCAGCCCCCAGGGGCUUAGUUGUGGACAUGGCUUCUCUCUUCCAUAACAAGUAUCCCAUUCAUGCUAACUACCCGUCUGAGGUAUUUGGGUUGGUGAGAAGCUGUCUUUUUCAUGGUGUGGUAUCAAGAGAUGGCUCAUUCUAUCUCUGCCAGAGAAGUAAUUGUCUGUUCAUCCAGAAGGUUGAAAGAACCUGUUCUGGGAUCCUUUAUCUUUUCUUUGUUUUAAAUCAUUGGGUUUACGCAUAACUUCGGUGAUUUUUAAUCCUUUCAAAAUGGCAGCAACCUACCUUUUCUUGUGAUUUCUUUCUAUCUUUUAUCAAAGAAUCAUACAAACGGUUGAUUUCCACGCGAUACAUUUUGUAGUACAUCGUUCAAAAACUUAAUGGCGAUCCUGUUGUUAUCUGCUAUGACGGCACAGUGAGGAAUGUCACAAUACAGGCUCUGAUGAUAAUAUUUCUUCAUUCAAAUCAGGCGUUGAGGUCCGACCUGUUUUGUGGUGGGGCAACCUGGAGGCCCCCAGAGACAUUUUCUCUCUCUUCUCAGGUUGCUGCCAUGACGGAGUCACUUUUCUUGCAUGAUUAUUCAGUAUGCAUUGAUCUGAGCCUUGGUUUCCCUUUCCUCUAACAUUUAUGCAUUGCAAUGGCAACAUAUAAGUAAUUGUAUGUAUGUAUGCAUGUGUUUGUGAAGUGAUAGUGAAUAUGUGGUAGGAAACUUGGGCUAAUCUCGGUUUUGGUUCGCUUUAGGGGUUCCAUUGCGGGAGAGCUAGUUUGAGUUGGAAAAUGUAGUUUCUAUUUUUCUCACUGCAGUACCCUAUCCAUGAAUCUUGCUCACAAGUCACAAGAUCUUCGGAGUUGAGGGUGCGAAAACAACGGACUGGUAAACAAAUCUGAUUUCCAAUCUAUCUUUUUGGAAAGAACCCAUUAUUCCUAGAAAUGCAUCCAAAACUAUGCAUGUGAAAGUUACUCUCUCAUUUCUAUCUCAGUAUUACUCAAAUUGUCAAGGGCUUCGAGUUGUACAUUCUUGGUAUUUUGUGUCAUAUCAAAUAUGUGCCUUCUGUAGUCUUCAUUACCUCGGCUCAGGGCGAGGUCUAGGUGUCGGUUUCAUGUAAUUUCUUGAAAUUAAGAUUGCUAUCUGAAUUUGUUUCUUUGAGUGAUGCCCUUGUACGUAGAUACUCCUUGGCAUGGGUAAUGUCUGAUGACAACCAUGCUCUGAAAUGUGAACAUGAUCGAUCCUACGUUUUUUCCUUUCACCAUCCUCAUGUAUCUCAGCAUCUGACUGAUAUGGUUUGCAACAUUGUGGGACAAGUGACAGGACUAUUUUCAGAAUCCAAAUAUGUUGCUCUUGAUGAGCUUUCUGAAACUCAAAAGGUAUUCUUCUUUGAUCACUUUUGGAUUGUUUUCUUCCCUACUUCCAUUUCUUUCCUAUAUAUUCUUCUCAUUCUCUCCUUAUUCUGGCGGAAGCGGCCUCAUCCUCUAAACAAACUAUUAUGUACUUGGAUGUCACUGGAGUCCACAUGCAGAACUGGUUAGACCCUCCACAUACUUUUGGAUUUGCUGAUUGGGACUCUGAUUGCGUCUAUUUGACCAUUGAGGUUGUGUUCGGAUCAUGGAUCUGUGAUGGGUUCUGCGACUGCUGUACUUUUUUUUGAACGGAAGAAACUUCUUGAAUGCUACUUGGGAUCAAGGAUUUGUAUGGAGAUUUAUGAAGGGAAAGAAAAUGUAAAGCAAAAAUAUGAAGAUAAGGAAGUGAGAAACUAAGUGUGUUUCUUUGGUUCAUGUCCAGGUUUCUCCAAUAUUAUUCAGGUAAAUGCUAUCCAAAUAGAAUAUAUGAGCAGAAUGAUGUGGCAUUGGGAUAGCCAAGUCAUCAAUUAAAAAAAGACAGGAUUUUGCUUGUUAAAUGAGGGGAAAUGAUUUACUGAUCAUUUUGUAUUCCGAAAAGAAGAAAUGAUUAAUAGGCAUCCUGCCAAUUCUGUUAGUAGAAGUUUAUCUGCAACCCAUUGUUCAUCUGCAAUCUAUUGAUCUCAUUUUUCUCUGACGACAUCGUCUCUACGGUCUUGUCCAUUGUCAAACCAGGCUGCUCUUUCAUACAAGCAACCCUGGUCAUUGAGAUGGAUAGGAUCUUCAAGUGGAUUGGUUUCGUGGUCCUCCGUCGUUUGGUUUCUAAUGUUUUUUUGCCAUUACUUUGAAGAACCAAAGGUUGCUCCAGUACUGAUCAUAAACAAAGAAGGCUUUUUCAAAAGAUGCCUUGGAUUUCUAAUUGAUGCUUGUUUGUUUUUGGUAUAUUUGGUUUGGUUUAUUCUGUUUUAAGCUCAAGCAUGUUUUCUCUUAAAUUUUUCGUACCAAGCAAAGCAUGAAUCGUAUGGUUGAACUAUUUUAGUUGUGUUCCUUUUAAAUUUCAAUUCCUAUUUGACACGUAAAACAGUUUCUAAAGUCCAUCUCUGACAGAAGAAAGUUCAUUACAGGUUAAUCUAGUUAUUUCCUCCAUCUGUAGAGGUAGCCAAUCAUAGCGCUGAGUUACCUUCUUGCAUCACGUACAAGUACAUUUUCAGUUGCAAUUGAAUACGAUGACAGGCAUACGUAGGUCGUGGAGCUAACUACUCCAUCUGUAGAGGUGCUUUAAGCGACUCUUUGGACAUCAAUGGACCACAGAUGUUAAUUAAAGCACAUAAAUUAACAAGUGUAUGUCCCUUUUUUAUUAUUCUGCAAUUUUGAAUGGCCUACUGCGACAACUUAGUUUUUUUCUCUUUGCUUUUCAUGAACAGACAUUGAAGGUGGAGGAAAUGAUCUGUUUGGUUUGAAAAAGCUCUUCGUUUUGUUGGCCGCUUGCUAAGCUUUUCUUUUUACUGAGCAAAAUGGGUAAAGAGAGGGCAAUCAGUGCUUCAGAAACCAGAAACACUCCUGGCUUAACUGCAGGAGCCCUUACCCGCUAAAGAGCCGGAAAAUAAUGGCCUAGACGGACGCGACAAUGGCAGGUACCACUGAGACUGAUCUGUGGGCCUUCCUUCAUGAAAUAAAACCCACUGGUUUCUAAAGCUCUUCUGUUCUUUUGAUGAUGCAUGAGAUUUUUGGAGUUUCAGGAUCUUUUAGGCAUCCGAGAUACCAGUUGUUAAAUUGAUACUGUCUGUUGAAACAUUGGGAUAAUUACAUUAUGAACACUGCAUUCCAGAUGAUUUAUAUACGUUUGACUACUGCAGUCCAUCUCUUGUUGAACAGAAUGAUGUUAAAGCUACUGAUUUAUUUUGGAAGAUACUGAUUUCAGUGA